AUGCCCCUUGGGCCGGCGAGUGGCACGCUGCCUUGGCGGCACUGGUUCGGCCUGGCCGUCGUCUUCGUGCUGGGCGUGAUGUUCCCGGUGCUGACGAAGCAGCGUGCGGCGAUGCGGUUUGUGGGGACGGGGGCCGCCGAGAGGGCCCGGCUCAGGAAGCGCGGGGAGGCCAAGGGCAGUGGGCGUUCGCGGGCGCAGUUCAUGAGGGAGCUGUCCGUCGCAGAGUCCACUCGGAGGCUGUACACGGCGGCGCUGGAGGACUUCGAGGCGUGGUGCGUCGGGGUCGGUCGCCAGACCAACAAUGCAAAGGACGCUGACGAGAAUAUGGUGCACUGGUUUACUCAGAUGUUCUUCGAUGGCAUGGGUCCUGGGACGGGCCGCAACGGCCUGUUCGGCUGGAUCUUGCUGCGAGGAGAGCCUUUUCAGGACGGACGUCAGUUGCUCCCACGGGCUCGGAGGCAGUUGAAGGCUUGGGAGCGGACAGAUCCCGGGCUUGUUGGCCUACCCUAUCCGCUCAUACUGAUCUGGGCCAUCGCGCUGGACCUGCUGAAUCACGGGCUGGUGCGCAUGGCCGCCUGCGUGGUGCUUCAGACCGAUUUGUACUCGAGGCCUUCGGAGACCCUGGAGCUCUCAGAGGCCGACAUUCUCCGUAGCCAGCCCGCGGCAGGCCGUGCUUUUGCCGGCCGCUGGGCAGUGGUCUUCGCGCCGUCCGAGUCCGGGCGGAGGACCAAGACUGGCCAGACGGAUGACACCGUCGAUGUCGGGGUGUGCGGCCGUGAGUGGGUCCGAGACAUUGUGGCCGCGCUCAAAGACUCAGUCCAAGUCGGUGAGCGCGUGUUCGAUUUUGAUCUUGCCACCUAUGAGAGAGAGUUCAAAGCCUCCCUGGUGAGGUUGAAGCUACAGGCGGCCCCCGGCGGCAUGGCGUACACGGCGCCGCCGGCCCAGCCCUGGCCGCGCGCGGCGCCGGGCGCCGCCGCCGCCGCCGCCCUCGCGCCGCCCGCGGCGCCACACGCCCGCCCGGCGGCGGGCGCCCCGGGCGCGCGGCAGGAGAGCGGCCGCACGGAGAGCACGGCCGCCUGCAGCGAGGCCGCCGAGGACGCGGGCCGGGGCGCGGCCGACGAGGGCGGCGGGCCGCCCGCGCGCGGGGCCGCGGGCUGGGCGGGCCUCGGCGAGGGGCGCGUGACCGUGAAGAACACGUUCCUGGAGCGGGUGGACUCCGGGGACCUCCUCUCGGCGAGCACCGGCGCCCGCCCGCUGCGGGCCGUGCAGACGGCGUCCGGCCGCCUGGACGUCAUGGCGCCCGAGGGCUGGGCGCAGCGCGGCUCCCAGCAGACCUUCAUCUCGUUGCUGAUGGCCAGGCGGCCCCGGGCAGUGCCCUCGCACGACGCCGCCGCGGAGGCUGCAGGCGGCGGACCCCAGGAGGCGGCGGCGGCAGACGCCGGCGGCGCCGCGCAGGCGGGUCACGCGGCAGCCCCCGAGGCGGCCGCCUCGUCGCCCCGUGCCCCCGCGGGCGGGCAGGCCACCGUGGCGGCGGCCGGGGAGGGCGCGGCCGCUCCUCCGGGCGCGGUGGCCCGGGCGGAGGAGCCCGAGGAGCCGGCGAGCGACGGCGAGGAGUGCGCCGGCGGCCAAGAGGACAUCAGCCACUUCCGGAACCUGGUGGAGCUCUGCUUCCCGUGCCCCCCGCUGGACGUGGUGCCGGGCCCGGUCGGCGGCGCGGGCGGCGAGGGCGAGCCCGCGGCCCAGGACGGCGCCGGCGAGGGCGGGGGCCACGACGCCCAGGGCGACGGGGAGGCCUCGAGGCCGCCGCCCGCCGGCGGCGCAGGUGCAGAGCCCCCGGCGCCCGGCGGGGGGCCCGAGCGCGGCGAGCGCGCGGAGCUGGACCUCGUGGAGCGGCUGCAGUUCCUCGGCGCGGUCUUCCGCGCGAUGCGGUACCCGCACCUCGAGUUCUUGGUGGAUCAGCUGCCGCACCUCGUCGGCCCCCUGCGCGAGUACGUCACCCACUCGCUCGAGAAGGUCCGGCUGCUCGCGGUGGACCUUUUGCAGAGCAUCUGCAGCACGGCUUUCACGCGAUACGCCCGGCGCUGGGCCGCUGGCGGCGCCGGCGGUGGCGACGCCAACGGCGCCGAACGGUGGAGAAG